AUGCCUGCCACCCCGGAGUUGUUCAUCGCCUUCUCCAUCCUCCCUUCGGGCGAGCCUCGAUGGCUUGACGUACGAUUUCGUUUCUUCUCUGUCCAUGUCCACUUUCUCUUCGCCGCAUUCUCGUCAUUCAAGAAGUCGUACAACGGCUUGAUUUCUUCUAAAUUUCUUCUGCUGGUCAUUUUUCAGGAAACUCGGUUGCAGGACAAUCGAAGCAUCCAACGGGAAUCCUCAUCGAUCUAUCCCUUCGGCACGACACGAAAGGUUCAAUUAACUUCACGCACUACCCCGGCACCUCGCGACUCGCUCGACACCAUGUUUCAACGUUCACCUUGUGGUACACAUGCAAACAAGGUCUCGGCGUUCAGGUCACCCUCUUCGGUAACCAAGGACUCCUCAACAACGCAUUGCUCCAAGGAGGUCAGACAAGCAAGUUCAAGACAACGAUCCUCCAACCAUAUCGCCUCGCAACCGGAGGAACCUGAUGGCUCUCGAGGACGAUUUGAUUUCUCUGCCAUCGGUCGUCGGGUUUGGCGCGUACGAAAGCAAAUUUCGCCCCCGUCGACAACGACGGGUUCUCAAUCAUCGAAUGUCGCGGCACAAGGGAUGGAUGUCUCAAGUAUAACAAACGGUCAGGGUUCAGGUGCAGCACCGACGUUUGCUUCGCCGGAUUAUGCCUCGUUGGAUUCUCUACCUUCUCCCACUUUUUCGACGCCUGGGUCGUCCUUAUCUUCCUCUUCCAAUCACAUCUUCCGGCCCUCGUCUAUCUUCUCCACAAUUAGCACCUUUAUCAGCGACACCAUUUCCUCGUCUUCGUCACGGCCAUCGGACUGGCCGCCCAUGGACGGCGUUCCUAGCGGCUCUUGGUCAAGCACAGACGAUACUCCUCUAUCUACCCCCGACCAGCUGCCAAUACCAUCUACAAUCACGCUCACCCCGACUCCUAGCCUCACUCUAGAACCGACACUAUCCGAAUCUACGCCAUCAUCACUAUCGAUGUCAGAACCCUAUGAGACGAGCGAAGAAUCGUCAUUUUCUAUGCCACCAUCUUCGUCUGUGCCUAUAUACGAACCCACAACUACUCAGGAAGAAUCUUCAUCGUGGUCGUACUAUGCCACACCUUCAUCGGAGUAUAUCCCGGACGAAAGCUCGGCUAGCUCGUCAGCCCCCUCGAGCUCAGUUUCGCGUUCCAGCACGGUCACCGAGGAGCCCACCACUUCGUCGCAGCCUCAAUCUACGACCUUUAUGCCUACCAUGCCUUCAUCUUCCAGCUAUCAGACCUCUGCCCCCCCUUCCCCCUCCGCGUCGCCAUCUUCUAGUUCGUCUAGACGUCCCAAUGUAACGUUAAUGCCAGCUCCUGCUCCCGAUAUCUCUUCGUUCACGUCCACCAGUUUCGAGUCCUCCACUCGCCGCCCUGUUACGACUGUCACUCAAUCACGAUUCACGACCCUUACGAUCACAACAGUCUUCACCAGCACGUACAGCGGCGGGAUGGAGACGACGGUUACGACUGUUAUUGAGACGGGCAUACUGCGCACUGACGUCCCUGCCCCGACUUCUGGACUUGCCAACAAUGUUAGUGCAAUUAUCGGCCUGACGCUAGGGGCAACAUUCGCUAUCAUUGGUGCAAUCAUCCUCCUGUUCUUUUGCUGUCGACGAUACCGCAGAACGCACAAGCGGGGCGAUAGCGCAGAGCAUCUGAACCCUCAACGCGAGUGGAGAUCGCCCCUCCGCGAUGAAGAGGAGGGCGGGAAAGGUUUCUUGUACGGUGCCUCCGCUGUCGCCUCCAGGAUUGGGAGGAAGCUGUCCAACCGGAGCAUGCCUUCGAAUGAGGGCACUUUCGUCGCUGAAGACAUGCGAAGGAACGACGAACGCGUCCAUGGGAGGCGCAGCGAAAGCACGGAAGGAGUCCAUUCAACGUUCCCUCCACCGCUCAACGCAUUCAACGCCCCUCCACCACUACCUGGUAUGGAGGACAUGGGCGAAGGUCCUACCAACGAGGAGCUUGGCUACCUGCCGAGCAACCCCUCCUCCACAGCUCACGACCACACUGACAGUGCAGCCGUAGCAGCGGUAUAUGACUUGUCAGGUUCGAAGUCGCCGUCGACGACGAGCAAGGCUGGGCACGCAACAAGUUCGGCUUCCCUGUUAACCUCGGCUCACGGUUCUGUCGAAGGUGGUCGCUCUAUGAGCACCAGGAAACGCGUGUCCUUGCCAGGCCCUCGCCCUCUUCCCGCCAGUCGGAACACUAAACGACACAGCUCGACACCCCCUGUAUCAUUCCCAAUGCACGGUGAACCUCAAAGCAACGAGAUGUCCGAGAAGGGCAGUCUGCGCGGCUUGCUGGGCCGCUUAGGCAAACGACGUGGCUCGGCGGGAAGUUCAAUGACCGUCAGGCCCACCCCAUCCUCCUCUCAGAUUCAGAUCCAUAAUCCCUUCGGAUCUUCCGAGUCGUUAGAGGCGGCGAGUCUCGCAGUACCCACUCCCGCUCACACUCUUAGCGGGAGGACGCCCCCGUCGUCGUUCCUAUAUCCGUCGAACGCGGCCUUCAUGCAGCCUGGAAGCUCUUCAACUCCACCUCCGCUCCUCACCUUCCCUCGCGGUGUCACGGGGAACGGUUACGUCCAAGAAAACCAGCCAGUCGUCUCUCCAGCGCCUCCGCUUUGGCCUACCUUCACUCUCCCCCCGCCUCCGUCCCCGACUGACGACAGUGCUAGCGUCGUCAAGGAAGGCCUGUUGCACCCAAGACUGAGCAUGGCUCCGUCGGAAUCGUUCAUUGCGAGUCGGACUAGUUUUGACGACCACGAAGACUACUCAAGACCCAUCGGAGGAGUGCUGAUCAGAGGCCACCGCCUAAGUGCAAAUACGUUGGAGCGCGGCUCGAGCAUGUCCUCUUUUGGAUCAAAGAACACUGAGCCGAAACCCUAG